UUGGUUCCGGUGCUCGGAGGAUCUCCGCGCAGUCUUCGCUGCAGCUCCCCCGCAGAAGGAGGCUCUGAGGCGGCUGCGGAGGACAAAAGAAGCGCGGAGCCGAGGAGCACUUAUUACGUCAUCUUAUUACGUCAUCGUCCUCGUCCUCGUCCUCCCGCCCAGGAAGAUUUAAGAAGAAAGACUGAAGAGGACAGACGCCCCCCCAUUGGCCCCGCCCCCCGGCCCCCAGUGAUGCAGGCUGGCUGCGUCUUGUUGGCGGGCCUCGGCAGUUAGAGGAGAGCUCGUCACCAUGACAACGUCCCGGCGAGACUCCGCCCGCUCCUCCAUGGCCGGCCUGCUCCUCUUCCUCCUGCUCCUCUUCCUCCUGCUGCCGACACGGGCCGUGUCUGAGAUGGAGUGGGCGGCGUGCAGCAAGAAGGAACAUCCCAAAGUCUCCAUGCAAGAGCUCAGUCCUUGGAUGUCGGCCUUCUCACCAGGCGGCGUGCGGGACUUCUCCCAGAUGACCCUUGACCUCACCAGGAAUGAACUCAUCGUGGGCGCCAGAAACUUCCUGUUCAGACUGGACCUCAGCAACUUGUCACUGGUGCAGGCGACGCAGUGGGCACCUGACGACGACACCAGGAGGUCCUGUCAGAGCAAAGGCAAGACGGAGACCGAGUGUCAGAACUACAUCCGAGUCCUGCUGGUCAACAAGACCCAGGUCGUGACGUGCGGGACCAACGCCUUCCAGCCCCUCUGCACCACCCGAGAGGUGGGCAACCUGAGCAACGUGCUGGAGCGUGUCAACGGCGUGGCGCGCUGCCCGUAUGACCCUCGCCACAACUCCACGGCGGUGUUGACGGAGAGAGGCGAGCUGUACGCCGCCACCGUCAUCGACUUCUCAGGACGCGACCCCGUCAUCUACCGCAGUCUGGGAGGGAUGCCUCCUCUGCGCACCGCACAGUACAACUCCAAGUGGCUCAAUGAGCCCCACUUCAUCUCGGCGUACGACCUGGGCGUGUUCACCUUCUUCUUCCUGCGUGAGACGGCGGUGGAGCAGGACUGCGGUGAGACGGUGUACUCUCGAGUGGCGCGUGUGUGCAAGAACGACGUGGGCGGUCGCUUCCUGCUGGAGGACACCUGGACCACCUUCAUGAAGGCCCGCCUCAACUGCUCACGCUCAGGAGAGAUGCCCUUCUACUACAACCAGCUGCAGGGCACCUUCUACCUGCCCGAGCAGGACCUCAUCUACGCCAUCUUCACCACCAACCUGAACAGCAUGGCAGCGUCGGCCGUGUGCGCCUUCAACCUGAGCGCCAUCGCGCGGGCCUUCAACGGACCUUUCCGCUGGCAGGAGAACCCUCGCUCCACCUGGCUGCCCACCGCCAACCCCAUCACCGACUUCCAGUGCGGCACGGUCAGGGACGAGGGGCCCAACCAGGGACUGACGGAGCGCAGCCUGCAGGACGCCCAGCGCCUCUACCUGAUGAACGAGGUGGUCCAGCCCCAGUCCCUGGACCCCCUGGUCAUGCAGGACCAGGUGCGCUUCUCUCACCUGGUGGUGGACAUCGUGCAGGGCAUGGACACGCUCUACCACGUCAUGUACAUCGCCACCGAACACGGCAGCAUCCUGAAGGCCUUGGCCACGCCCAACAAGAGCCUCCAAGGGUGUUACCUGGAGGAGAUGGAGCUCCGCCCACUCGCCAUGCGUCAUCCAAUCCUGAGCCUGCAGAUCCUCCACAGCGACCGCUCGCUCUUUGUUGGUCUAAAUGAUGGAGUCUUCAAGGUCCUUCUGGAAAGAUGUUCCACCUACCUCACUGACACGCGGUGUCUGGAGGCCAGGGACCCGUACUGCGGCUGGGACGGCAGAGAGCGUCGCUGCACCACGCUGGAGGAAAGCAGCAACAUGAGCCAGUGGAAGCAGAACAUCACGGCGUGCCCGACGCAGAACCAGACCACUCACGGCGCCUUCGGGGACUGGACGCCGUGGCAGACGUGCGACCACGACCACGGCGCCGACGGCGUCAGCGCCUGCUUGUGCCGCUCCAGAUCAUGUGACAGCCCCGCCCCCCGCUGCGGGGGCAGGAAGUGUGCGGGCGCCACCAUCCAAGUCGCCAACUGUUCCAGAAACGGGGGCUGGACCCCGUGGUCGUCAUGGGGACAGUGCAGCACCACCUGCGGCACGGGCUUUGAGCUGCGCCAGCGCUCCUGCAACAAUCCCUCGCUGCGGCACGGCGGGCGCGUGUGCGUGGGUCCCGGCCGCGACGAGAGGUUUUGCAACGAAGGACUCUCCUGUCCUCUGCCGGUCCUCUGGUCCCCCUGGGGAUCCUGGACCAAGUGCAGCAGCGAGUGCGGGGGAGGGGUCCACUCGCGGGUCCGCGCCUGUCAGAACGGAAACAGCUGCCCAGGAUGCGCCCUGGAGUACAAGGCGUGCAACCUGGAGGCGUGUCCUGAAGUGAAGAGGAACACGCCCUGGACGCCCUGGAUGCCGGUCAACGUCACCCAGGGUGGCGCCCGCCAGGAGCAGCGGACACGCUACAUGUGCCGCGCACGCCUGCCCGACCCACACCAGCUGCAGAUGGGACGCAGGAAGGUGGAGACGCGCUACUGCCCCAACGACGCCACCGCCACCUGCCAGACGGACGACCUGGUGGAGGAGCUCCUGAGGACCCCCGUGGUGAGAGUGGCGGGCCACGGCUGGUCGUCCUGGGAGACCUGGUCCAGCUGCUCUCAGAGCUGCUCCAAGGGUUACCGCACCCGGCGCCGGUCCUGCUCCGGACCCGAGGGCAAGAGCGCCCCCGCCGCCUGCCGGGGGUCUCCUGUGGAGUACCAGGACUGCAACGUCCAGUCAUGUCCAGUCAAAGGGGCGUGGUCUUGCUGGUCGUCAUGGUCACAGUGUUCACUGGGUUGUGGAGGCGGUCACUACCAGCGUACUCGCUCCUGCAACAACCCCCCGCCGGCCAGCACAGGAGAUAUUUGUCUGGGACUACACACGGAGGAGGCCUUGUGCAACACACACACCUGUGACGGCGGCUGGAUGGCGUGGUCUCUGUGGGCGGCCUGCGACGACUCGGGAGUUCAGAUGAGGAGUCGAGUGUGCGGUGGCGCCCCCUGCCUGGGGAACACCACUCAGCGCAGGAACUGUAACGACAUAGCAGUCAUCCUGCCUGCGUCAGGCUUUGAUAAGGACCAACACUGCGGAGCCUUCACCUCGGUCCACCUGAUCGCCACGGGCGUGUCCUGCUUCCUGGGGGCGGGGCUUCUGUCCUUCCUGGUCUACGUGUACCACCAACGCUUCCAGCAGCCGUCGCAGGAGUCGUCGGUCAUCCACCCGACCACACCCAACCACCUCAACUACAAAGGCAACAGCACGCCCAAGAACGAGAAGUACACGCCCAUGGAGUUCAAGACGCUGAACAAGAACAAUCUUUUACCGGACGAGCGCUCCAACUUGUUCCCGCCAUCUUUGCCACCAAGCAACGUUUACGCCACCACCUACUACCCCCCCGCCCUGGGCAAGUUCGACUACCAGCCCAACUCGCCGCCCUCACCGUGUCGGACGUACAACCACACCAACAACAGCUGAGGGCCCCGCCCCUCCCCCAUAAGCCCCGCCCCCCUCAGCUCGGUGGCCGUUUUCUGCGAACUUUGCUGGAACUUUCCGCCAGGAGAGAAACUUGGUCAAGGAGACGAGCGAGGGGGCGUGGCUCUCUACUGUAAAUACCUGAUGGGACGGAGCAGUGGGCGGGGCCUAUCCAUGCACUCUUACUUCCUGUCCAGGUGUGACGACUCAAUAGCACGACUGUGGUCAUAUCAAAUAUGGCCGCCGUGCUGCCUUCAAGGCUAGCAUAGACUUUCUUCUUCUUUUUAUUACCUAACAUCACCAUGGUUUUCACACGUGUGCACGUGUGUGUGUGCACGUGUGCGUGUGUGCGUGUGUGUG